UACCACCACAACAAGUUCUGUUAGAACUAUGACAGAAAGAUCCAAUGGUAGUGUAGUUAAUGAAACUUCUGCGGAGUCAACUAGAGGAAUUUAUGAAGACCAUCCAGGUCUUAACCCGGCCGAUGAAAGAGUAGUUGAAUAUCAAGCGGCUAUACACGAAAAAAUGGGGAAAUUGAUGAUUGGCAGGAAUCCCGCAGAAGUUCUGGCUGCGGCCGAACGUGUGCAUGGGGAAAGCAAUGAUUCAGAAUUUCUUCAAGAGCAGUACCAGGAUUUAGUUCAAAAUGGGACUGCAAGUGAAGCCUUCCAGUACGGAGUGCUUGAGCCCCCGGAGGACUAUACUUUACCGGAAGUACGCGACCAUAUAAUGGGUGGCUCACCCAUCGAAGAUUUGCAGAUAGAUUUCUUUAUAAACGGCUAUGAAAGUGCAUUUUUGUCGGAAUUUUUACCUAUUUGUAUCUAUUUAGUGAUCAGUCCGCUAGUUUCUUUGAUUCGACUCGGUGUUCCUUUUCCAUUUGCUUCCAAUAGUUCGACCUAUCCAGAAAAAUUGUCGGCCUACGAAUGUGGUUCCGAUCCCUCCGGUGAUGCCAGAAGUCGUUUCGAUAUACGAUUUUACCCGGUUCCUAUUUUAUUUAUUAUCCCUGAUCUGGAAGUCACCUUUUCUUUUCCUUGGGCAGUACCUCCUAACAAGAUUGAUCUGUUUGGAUCUUGGUCCAUGAUGGCCUUUUUAUUGAUUUUGACGAUUGGGUUUCUCUAUGAAUGGAAAAGGGGUGCUUCGGAUCGGGAGUAACCACUAGUGAAAGGGCAAAGGGGGGAAGGACAUAGGAAAGAGGGAUGCCUACAAAAAAUCAAUUGAUUCGUCAUGGUAGAGAAGAAAAACAGCGCACGGACCGUACUCGAGCUUCGGAUCAAUGUCCCUAGAAGCAAGGAGUAUGCCUGCGUGUUUCGACGAGAACACCGAAAAACCUAAUUCAGCUCUACGCAAGAUAGCAAAAGUACGGUUGAGCAAUCGACAUGAUAUAUUUGCUCACAUUCCAGGCGAGGGUCAUAAUUCGCAGGAACACUCUAUAGUCUUAGUCAGAGGAGGUAGAGUGAAAGAUUCGCCAGGUGUGAAAUCCCAUCGUAUUCGAGGAGUCAAGGAUUUACUGGGAAUUCCGGAUCGUAGAAAGGGAAGAUCUAAAUAUGGUGCAGAAAGACCAAAAUCGAAAUGAAUGGAAGAUGCCUCUGGAACUUUUUGGUUAUUUUGAAGACGGAGGAGAAAGCUGAAGCGGAAAUGCAAUUCUCGUAGUGGCUAUAAGGUAGCAUAAUCUAAUGUAAUAUCUAAAGCCUUUCUUUUCUAUUUCUUCUAUUGGCUGGUCUGGGGUGGAUGAAGCGAGGUAGGUAUGUGGGAGGCUAUAUC